AUGUUAGUGGAUCUAAAUGUCAGAUGGCCGCAGGAAUCGUUCAGUAAACCUGCUAGUGAGAAAGAUAUCUCCGAAUUAAGAGCAACAUUAUUAACCUUACAUAAUGUUGGGUAUACACAUAUUGCAUUAAAUUUUACCGUUAGACAUACAGAUAAAUUUCCUAGUACUCCAAAGGAAAUGAACCCGAUGGACAUACAGAACCGUUUCGGGGAAUUGAUGAAAGGAACAGGUUUGAAAAUAUAUUCUCGUUUAACCUUAAUUAUUGAUGAUCCAUCAAAGGGUCAGUCCCUAAAUAAAAUAUCUCAGGUGUAUGACCUCAUCGCCGCAUUACCAGUUAGUGAAAAGGGUCUUACAUUGGCAACCACCAGUUUAGAUAUUGAUCUAUUGACCUUUGAUUAUGGUAAUCGAUUCCCUACUUUCUUAAAGCACAAGAAUAUAUGUGGUUGUGUCAAACGUGGUGUGAAAGUGGAGAUAGUAUAUAGUUACACAUUGAGAGACCUUGCACAACGUCGUCAAUUUGUACAAAAUGUACGUAGUGUGAUACGUAGUUCAAGAUCUAGAGGUUUAGUUGUCAGUAGUGGCGCCCGCAAUUCUUUAGAGGUAAGAAAUAUACUUGGUGUGAGUGCAUUAUUACGUACACUUGGUUUGCCUAGCGACCAAUGUUCAAAAGCAAUGGGUGAUACAGCAGGGUUAGUAUUAUUAAAUGGUAGAUUACGUACUAAAAGUUACAAACAAACCAUUGCUAUUGGAAAUGGAGAUGUAGUAGAUGAUCUAAAUACAUUAGGUGAUGGUAUUAAAAUUGUGAAACGUUCUCAUUCGUCUAAUGAAACGGAGACAUCGACCGCCAAGAAACCUAAAAUAUGA